UUGUCAGUACAGCGCAAAAUCAAAACAAAACGGUUCGAUUUGGCCGCAGCAGUGCUUAACCGCAAAUAUUAGGUCAAAUGAUAGAAAAUUGAAAAGGAUCCCAAUUUUCGCAUAUCGUGAAAGCAGCGACUGUACACAGGGACAUGGCUGAACUAAACCGCGGCAGAGAGGGAAAUUCAAAAUCAGGAUCAUCGAAAAAAGCUAAAGCUGAAGAUAUCACUGUAAUCAGCAACGAAUUCGAGAUUAACCCUGUGAAUUUCAAAGGAUCAAAAGCAGCGAUCGAACCCGCCAAUUGGGUCGUUCGAUCGGACUCGAUUGAAGAUUUUCAAUAUCAACUGCUCGAGUUGGUCAUGUGCCACGUGAAGAAGGAAGUUCUUUUCACCGACGUAAAGACCCCUUACUUUUCCGAGAAACCACUGACAACGGAUGACCUGGAUAGAUUCGUGAGCUUUAAAGAUAUCAAAGGUAAGAGAUAUUUGUCCUACAACCAGGUGGAUUGGAUUCAGCUCAGCCGUUGGGACGGUCGGGUGAUAGUCUUGCAAAUAUUUCUCUACGGAAACGGUAUCGUGAGUAAGUCUGCGUGGGACAUUGUUGUCAGAGUUCUGUUGGAACCGGACAAAGAAGAAACUGCAGGACUGCCGAAAUCUUUAGGAGAGCUAGAAACUCAAAAACUACAAGCUAUAGCUAAACGUUUGGAACGGAUUCACUCAGCAAAUCUGCGACCGACAACGACGGACGCCUUUAUGGAUUGGGCCACGUAUGUCUUUAACUCUCCUGCACGUAUGCAGCAUACGUUGAUAGAAAAUGAACCGCCGGAGGCUUUGGCAUCUCGUUUUAUAACUCUUGUGAAAGCAAAAAGCCCCGAGACGACGACGCCACAGAUCAUCGAUGACGGUUAUCAUUUUGACGACGAAGUACGGGCGCUUCGGAGAACCGUUACCCAGAUUCGUGAUUUGGUGGAAAUGUUGGAUAGACGAGUGGAGCUGCUAGAGAAGAAGUGCAACGCGUUCAAACGGAGAGGACCACCGGUGGUUAAGCGGCCUCGGUUGGAUGAAGUAAAGGACGAUGGCGAUGAAGCUCCGAUCGAUGCUUCCGAAAGUCUUGAAGUCUCAGCAAUCGACGAAGAGGAUCCAGAUCCGCUCGAUGAAUUGUUUGUUAAGACAGAGGUUUGCUUUGAGGAUGAAAUUGAAUAA